AAUGUUAUUCAUUUCCGUAAAUUUACGCGUCAAGUGCGGUUCGCGUUCGUAAACGAGUGUUUUGGCGGCUGCCGAAAGUGUCGUAGACGUAGAGUUAUCGUAAAAUUACAUAUUUUCGUUACCGGUUUUCCAAACCAGCGAUUUUUUCACUCAACUUCGAUGUUUUUUUUCCUACGUUUAAAUUCUUAAAAUAUGUAAAUUGGUGAAUUUUUUUUCUCGAGCCGGACGACUAGUACCCUAGGACAGGGAUUUUUCUCCAUUAUCAACGAUGAUUGGUGUUGUGAUUGAGAUUUUUAAUGCAUUUUUUACGGAGUGAUCGUGUAAUAUUUUUUAAUUCAAAGUGUCGAAGAGGUUUUUUUUUCUCAAUUCGAGAUUCUCAAUGCGCGUGUGUUAAUUAUUGGUUAUCGUAAAUUUAUUUAUCGCUUGUUUUUUUCUAUAUUAGUAAAUGGUAUUAUGCAGUUGCUCGGUGUAGUGUCGCAGUAUAUACAAUUCACGUUUAUUUUUGUGUUAUCUUACAACGUGUUCUUGUGCCAGGCCAUACAUUCGGCUAAAGAUGUGCCUGUAUAUUACGAACAAGGUGUGGUAGGUGAUCCGGUAUACCUACCUUGCGAUAUAUCGAUUGCCGAUGGACCUCACCAAGUCGAUGAUUCAGUCGUUCUAGUGCUCUGGUACCGCGAAGAUCUCGGAACGCCUAUAUACAGCGUCGAUACUCGAGAACGAGAUUUCAGGAACGCUGAAAGAUGGUCAGAUGACCGGGUGUUUGGCCCCAGGGCUUUUUUCAUCCCUGGCAAAACACCUGCUCAAUUGGCUGUGGAUCAUGUGCAGGAUGCAGACGAAGGCACCUACAGAUGCAGAGUGGAUUUCAAAUUCGCUCAAACUCGCAACUCAAAAGUCGUCUUGACAGUGAUAGUUCCGCCGCAGAAAAUCGUUAUAACCGAUGACAGCGGAAUGCCGAAAACUUCGGUGGUCGGACCGUACAAGGAAGGAACCUCGGUAACAUUAAGCUGCACAGUAUUCGGUGCUAAACCAGCUCCCGAAGUUGUAUGGAUGAAGAAGGAUAAAAUUUUGGCCAAUAAAACGUUUACAUCGUUGGCGGAAACUGCGAGCUUGCAAGUAUCGCUGGGUAAAUUAGGACGUUCAGAUUUACAUACAGAAUUAACCUGCCAAGCAUCCAACAACAACCGCACCCAACCAUUAUCGUCUGUCGUACAAAUUGACAUGAACUUUGCCCCUUUAGAUGUACGAAUCGUUGAAUCGAAUCAACCGUUUACAGCGAGUAGAAAAUACGAACUUGUAUGCCAUUCAUCCGGAUCCAGACCUCCGGCCAAGGUGACCUGGUGGAAAGACGGUAGACGUCUGGAUAAAACCAAGGAUACGACUUCGUCCGAUGGUAAUACGACUACGAGUAUUCUGUCAUUUAUUCCAAACAAAGAUGACGCUGGAAAGCAUUUGUCCUGCAAGGCUGAAAACCAGUAUGUUAGUAAAGAUGUGCUGGAGACUGGAUGGAAGUUGGAGAUUAACUUUUUGCCAGAAGCUAAAAUCACUCUGGGAUCAUCAUUGAAACCGGAUAGCAUCAGAGAAGGAGCAGACGUAUAUUUUGAUUGCGUAGUGAAUGCUUUACCUCCUUCGUAUAAAGUUGAAUGGAAGCUCAACGGACGACUGCUGCAGCAUAACGUCGGCCAAGGAGUCAUCAUAAGUAACCAGUCAUUAGUGCUGCAAAGAGUAAGCAGACAUAGUGCUGGAAAUUAUACCUGUAAAGCGUACAACACUGAAGGCGAAGGAGAAAGCAACGUGUUUAAUUUAAAUGUGAUGUAUUCCCCCACAUGUAAACCGAACCAAACUCGAAUAUAUGGCGUUGCUAAAUUAGAAAAGGUCAAUAUCACCUGCGAAGUGGAAGCCAAUCCGACAGACGUUGUGUUCAAAUGGUCAUUCAAUAAUUCAGCUGAUAGUGUCGAUGUUCUGCCGGAUUAUAUCGCCAAAUCUGGCACUACCAGCAUCGUUUCCCAUAUUCCAGCCUCCGACUUGGAUUAUGGCACAUUGCUUUGCCUGGCUUCAAAUAAAGUUGGACAGCAGAGGAUACCUUGCGUGUACCAUAUUAUCGCUGCUGGUAAACCAGACAGAGUAUCGAAUUGCACCGUUUGGAAUAUCACAAUGACGUCGUUUUCGAUCCGCUGCACCGAAGGGUAUAACGGAGGAAUGCCCCAAACCUUUUACCUGGAGGUGAACUCGGACUCCGACCUAAAGGCCAAUAUCAGCUCGCAAUGGCCUCGUUUCCAAGUAACUGGUCUGCAAGCCGGUACCCAUUACGUGGCUUACGUGUUCGCCACCAACAUGAAAGGACGCAGCGACGCUUUGAAUAUUGAUGUGACCACAUUAGGCAACUCGGAAAGAAUUUUAAAAUUAAAAGAAGCCGAAAAACCACUAGAACGAUUCCGUUUGACCACAACGAUGAGUAUCGUUAUCGGCGUUGUGAUAUCGCUAAUUGUGAUCGCCUGCAUCGUAGCGACCGCCUUACAACUACACUGUUCCCGCAUAGAGAACCGUCAAAAUAAAAACAAGCUGCAAAACGAAGCCAACGUUUACAGCUCCAACGACAGCGUCUCCAGCGGCGAAAAGAACCGCGACAGUUUCGCCGACAAGAUAUUCCUCAAUCAGAACAACAUCGGGCUAGAUGGUGAAGAAAAAGACCCCGAUAUUAUACCACAGCCAGCCGCUGAUAUAGACGAACGUCGAGAUUACAUGCACAGAAGGCAGCACGUUUCGACUAUUGAAGCGAAAAUUCCCUCGGUGCAUAAUUUAUUCGCCGAGAAUACGCUGAAUAGGAGUUAUCCGUCGUAUUGUACGAUGAGAAAUGGUACCAUGCCGAUGCAGAAUUUCAGCCAUUUAAAUAAGACUAACGUUGUGAUACCGCCCAAUGAUACUCACCCAUACGGCUCGAACACGUUACCGAGGAAGAGCUGCGGCGUUCCUCCCUCAGUGCCCAGCACAUCCGAUGGUUACCGUUACCCAGUCUACCGAGCGCAUACUCCGAUUAGUUGCGCAAUUCCAGAAGAAGAACCAUCGCCAUCAUCGACACCUUUAAUAUCUCCGAAACAAGAAAGCGCCGUUUGACCAAUAUAAAAACAUUAACAUUUGAUAAGAAUCAUCCCCUCCCCUCCUCCGUGUUAAUAUCUUUAUACUGCCUUAUUUUUUCACGAUAUAUACAAUAGUAAAAAAAAAAUCCAAAGGAAGAUAUUUUGUACCUACUUUUUUUUAUACCUGCCGAAUUAUAUACCUACGUACUAUAUUUUUGUGUAUUAUUGGCUGAAAUCGUGUUGUAACUAUUCUCUUGUUUUCAAUGUGCUUGAUGUAUUUACCUUAUUUUAUUAUUUUUCUUGUUGUAUGUUUUUUUCUCUGUCUUGUGUGUAAUUUUUUCAAUGCAGAAAAAUCGUGUGGUGAUUUGAGGAGAUUUUCGCAAACUUGUAAUAUUGUUUUCUUUUUGAAAAAAAAAUCUCCACAAAUCGUCGUUACAGACAAUACGUUUUAAAAAUGGGAGAAAUGAAAAAAAAAUCCAGAGUUGAUCGAAUAUGUAAGUAUAUUGUAUUACGUAUUAGUAUUGCCUAUAUACCCCUUCUCUCUUUCGAGGACAUAUACGGUAGACUUGAGAGGUGGUCUAUGAAUUAUUAAUUUAAUUAAUUCUCCUAAAUAAUCAAAUCAGAUCACCUCGGACUGAUAUAGUGAGAUGUUUCUUCUUUUAAUUAAAAAGAAAAAAGCUUUUUUAUUUUGAAAAAUUGGUACUUAACUCGCGUGUAUUAAUAUUUUUUAUUUCGUGUUGUGUAUUAUUUAUACGAAAAAUGGAACAUAAUAUUGUACCUACUACGUUUAUUUUUUAAUUGUCAUUUUUUUUUCAAUACUUUUUUGAUUUUUGUUUAGUAUGUACUAAAUUGAGGCUAAUUCUUUCAUAUUGCGGUGCAAUCCAUUCAGGUUAUGUAUUACGCUUACAAGCGACAUGAUUCUCCUUUAAUUUUUGUUUUAUUUUAUCCAAUUGAGAAAGUAAUGGUAUUAGUUGAUUUGAAUUCCUUUCGUGACAAUGUAUGUAUUAUGUUCUCCUCACCUUUUCAAGUCCAUUUUAUUUAAGCUGUUUUUGUUUUUGUUUUAUUAUUUUAUUUUAUUUUUUGUGUUGAGCAAACCAGAUUUUUCUGAUGUAUAUUCGAUUGUAUUUAUAUGUAAACGUGGAUAAUUUUACAAUAUUAAUCACGUCUCUUUUUUUUUUACUCAUUCAUUUGUAAAAUGUGUGUAAUUUGAUUUUUUAUACGAAUAAAAAAUUUGUGUUAAUCGAA